CGCAGCGCGAGGCACGCAAGCGACCCUGCCACUAUCCUGUCCGCUGUCAACCUUCUCCCACCAUUUUUUGCUGCAAGCACCAACCACCGCUAGCUGGAACCGGCGAGCUCCGGUGCUACUAUCAGCUGCGUCGGCUGUUGGAACCGGCAAAAGAAAAGCUGCAACCGGCAACCGCUUUUUCUACGUCGACGAUGGUGGUGCCGUGAUAUGCUGGAAACGGCAAAAAAAGAAAGGCUGCAACCGGCAAACCGGUUUGCUACGUCCGCGACGGUGGUGUCGUGAUGGGCUGGAACCGGCAGAAGAAGCUCCAACCGGCAAAAGUUUGGUACUGAUAGCGACGAUGGUGCCGCCAUGAGCUGCAACCGGCAAAAGAAAAGGCUGCAACCGGCGCCAGCGACGGGGGGCGCGUUUUUUGCUGCGACCGGCGGACCACAAGUUACAACCGGCAUAGAAAUUUGCUGGAACCGGCGAUGCCAAAAGCUGGAACCACUGGGAAUAGGAGCUGUAACCAUCUAGCCGGAGGAGCUACAACCGUGGGAUGCCGUGCUCUCCCUCGCCGUCAAAUGCUACAACUGCGUUGCUAGAUGUUGGAACCGGUCGUCUGAUUUGCUACCACCGGCUAUACUUGAUGCUAGUACCUUGACGGCAAGACAAGUUACACUCGAAUGCUACAACCAGAUUUAAGGAUGCUGGAAGAACCGAGGACACCGAGAGCAGCAUCAAUGGCGACAAAGGCUACGUCUGGGAAGUCAUGUUGCAAUCAGGGGGAGGGAGGGGACGACACCGGUGAAGCCUGUGCUGGGGGCCAGCGGUGCGGUGCAUCGACCAACCUCGUCGAGGCGCGACGCUGCCGCCAGCGAGGAGCGGCAUCCCGGCGUGGGACUGGUCCGUGGAUUUAGUCAACGGGCGUGAGGAGGAAGGGAAAGAACGCAAGGUGAGCUGGCCCAGCUGGGUGAAUCGUUUUCCUUUCGGUCCAAUCUAACGGACGCACGGCUCACGUCGUACGGGUGGGAUGCGACCGGCCCAAAGUUUGGGCCGGCGCGCCGGCGCCUAUCGGUCCCCAUUUUUUUUACCGUACACAGUUUCAGCCCGUCACCGAGACGGCCACGGAUCUGGUCCAUAUAUAGAGAGGUGACGACGCCACGCAGUCGUUUCUCUAUUCAAUCCCCAAUCCGGGUGUCAAAAAUCAAAACUGUUCCGCCGCCGCCGUGGAUGGGCGCAACAGAAGGUAGCCCUGGCGCUGGCCUGCCACGACCAUCCGAGUUUGACUGGAUGUUCACCGACGAGGGGUGGGCCUUGCUGUCCGAGGAGACACGCCGUUCAAUUAUAGGAGUUCUGGAUGAGGACAGAGAAGAGAAGACCCGCCUCCAAGAGCGCCGUCAAUCCCGGUCCCGGAAGGACCGCCGCAAGGAUCCUCGGCCGGACAAACAGAUACAACCUAGUAAGAGCCUCGACCCUAACCUGUCGAGGGAUGUUCGGGAUUCAGAUCAACUUUUGUGGAUCCGACAACAUCGCAUGCUCAACCAUUCAGAAUCUGCGCCGCCGCCGAUGCGCUAUACUUCCUGCCAACUCCUCGGGAAUGGAUGCUCUCAUUAUCCUCAUCCUAUGCUACAAUUCUUUGGUAUUUUUGUCCAGUUUUACAGGAACGCCUUGAAUAUCAUGUGUGGCAAUACACAUAUUGAUGUAUAUGGCUUGCUUGCUGUAAGGGAUUCCUUGGAUCCUUCCCGGAACUAUAUUUUUCACCGCUCGAGAGAGAAUGCUCAAGCUAUCGACGUGAAUGGUGGCUAUCUAAGUCUGAGCUACCCUGCACGGGGCAUAUCUGCAAUGGGCUGCCUGAUUGAGACUGAUAUAAAGAUCAAGGGCAAGGAAGUUGGCAAAGAUUUGUCGAUUAUUGAUGGAUCUGUGAAAGCCUUUGGGCAGUUUGACUCGAGGACUGCUAACCAUGUUGAUAACGUCAAUGGUAAAAUUAUAUUCAAGACACAUGUUGUUCGUAAAGGUGUCGAGGCAACUAUAGACCUCGAUUUUGUGGAGGUGCCAAUAGACAGCUUCAAUGUGCGGAUGCGUGGUAAAACUGUCCGUGGUAAAGCUGUUUACUCCUUUAUCACUGAGUGUUGUGAUGAUGACAGUUUUAUAGCUUCACCUGGGAAGCAUAAUAAGAAGUUUGUAGCGGCUGUGAGCAUAGGUGAUACACUAUGUGUAGACUUCAUGGAGAAAAGGCGAGAAGCGCUCUCUUUUGUAUCAUCCAAGCACGGCAACGAGCAGCUACCUUACCGAUUCAGCAAUGGAGCUUUGGUCUUUGUUAAAGUCUAUUGGUCAACCAUCGUCAAGGGUUGACCAUUGGGUCUGUAAUCACUGAAAGAAAAGAAAGAUAUCAUUAUUGUCAGUUUUGAA